AUGGUGUUACCCGGACAUGUUUUUAAUACACAACCGUCCGUCUCGGUAAUUCUUCCGUCUCAAGAUGGCGGAGUACGCAAACGUCGUCCGAAGGGCUUUGGGACAACUAGGAGGUCACGGUGGAGUCCGAGGGUUUUUUGUUCAGUUGUUCAGGGUGAAUGAUAUAAAGACAGGAGCCUUGGUUGGCGUGGAUAAAUAUGGAAACAAAUACUUUGAGGACAGCAAAUAUUUCUUUGGACGUCACCGCUGGGUGAUCUACACCACAGAGAUGAACGGAAAGAACACCAUGUGGGAGGUGGACGGCAGUAUGGUUCCAGCUGAAUGGCAUCGCUGGCUGCACUGUAUGGGAGACGAACCCCCCACCACACAUCCACCAGAACCCAAGAAGUUCUUGGCUGAGGUCCACCAGUUCAACGUGAGUGGCAGCUCGCAGCAGUACGUGCCCUUCUCCACCACCAGCAAGAAGAUCCAUGAGUGGGUUCCACCCAGAGCUCAGUGAACUCUGACUGUAUAUUUGUAAAUUAUGUUAUCCUGCCAACAUGUCCUGAAUAAAAUCACUAUAUAGACCUUUA